UUGGCAGAAGGCAGCUUGAUGUUCAAUCAUCAGUAUGGACCCCAAGCCCUCCUUUCUGUCCUCAGCAACAGGGAGGGUGGACAGAGAGCAAGCAGGAUAGGACCCAAGUCCCCUGUGGGUUCUCCGAUUCAAAAUCUCAUUUAUGGAUGGGGCUGAGGGUGUACAAACAGCCCCUGGGGAACUGCCAGCGGAAGGGGUUUGUUUCUGCUGCUUGUUGAACACACCUGUUCUAAUGCGGGUGUCCUGGAGACUGCAGUGAUCUCUCGCUUUGGCUGGUAGUUUGCUUUUGAGGAGGAUACCAGAGGAGAACACCAGCCAAACCUCUGGCUGCCAACAUCGUAGUAUCUCUUGUGAGGACGCCAGCUGGCUCUGGACCAAACUGGAGAGUUUCAGUGGUUGCAAAAGAGGACUCUUACAUCACCCAAACCAAGCAGGCCUGUUGCUCUGAUCCCGGGACAGGCUGGAGGCACAGACUGUCUCGGGGAACGCCUUCGAGGCUCUCAGCCACACACAUCCCAUUUCCGCUGUACCUGACAGGCUUUUGAGCAAAGCUUUUGAGUGCCUUACUCAACAAGCUCCUAGUUCUGCUGUCCCCGCUGGGCAUGGAACCGGGCCAGAGUAUUUUCAUAUUUAUUCAGGCAGAUGUUAGGUGAGGUGCGAGGAAUGUUGAGUCAAUCUCUCCCUCAACAUCCCUGCAAAUGUUUCUGAACUCCGGCUGCAUGGUCCUUCCAGAAUGAAAACCCUGGAAGUGUGCACUAUGUAGGAACAUAGGAAGCUGUCUUCUACUGAGUCACUAGCUCAGGAGUGUCUACCCAGACUGGCAGCGGCUUCUCCAAGGUUGCAGGCAGGAGUCUCUCCCAGCCCUAUCUUGGAGAUGCUGCCAGGGAGGGGACUUGGGACCUUGUGCAUCAUGCAAGCAUGCAGGUGCGCUUCCCCUGAGCUAUGGCCCCAUCCCCUCAGGGGAAUAUUUUACAGUGCCCACCCAUGUAGUCUCCCAUUCAAAUGCAAACCAGGAUGGACCCUGCUUAACAAAGGGGGCAAUUCUUGCUUGCUGCCACAAGGCCAGCUCUCCUAGUGUCUGUGUGUGUUGGGAUGGAUAACACAACUAAAUGUCACUGAUAUGUAGAGAGCGAAACUGAUUCAAAUGUACAAAAGAGAGACUUUCAUGCCCCGGUUCUGUUGCUUCAUUUGAUCUCUGGCCAUUUUAUAUUGAGGUUCUAUUUCCAUGAUAAUGUUUGACUUGGAAGUAAGCACAGUAUCCCUUUUUCAGAUUCUGCUAGUGGUCUGUGUCCUGGGUUGCAUGUGUUAAUAGUUCUUCGUUGUGGAAGCACCUCUGCUACUUUUGAUCCUUCCAUCCGCAAAUUAAGCCCCAAGUAUUUUCAUAGAUAUCCUCCUAAUGGAGCAGCGGGGAAAUGACUUGACUAGCAAAUCAGAGGUUGCCAGAUUGAAUCCCCACUGGUAUGGGAAACACCUUUAUUGGGCAGCAUGAUAUAGGAAGGUGCUGAAAGGCAUCAUGUCAUACUGUGCAGGAGAUGGCAAUGGUCAACCCUUCCUGUAUUCUACCAAAGACAACCACAGGGCUCUGUGGGUGCCAGGAGUUGACACCAACUCGACAACACACACUUUACCUUUACUUUAUUUUUAUAGAUAUCUGUCAAUGUGCCUCUAUAAUAUAAGAAUCAAAGCCUCCUUACGAAUAUGAGGGAUGUUUAUAAACCGCUUUUCAACAAAAGUUCCCAUUUACGGCAGUAUAAAUCCAUAAGAUGGUUCCCUGCUCCCAAAGGGCUCACAAUCUAAGAAUGAAACAUAGGAUAGACACCAGCAACAGCUACUGGAAGGAUGCUGUGCUGGGGAUGGAUAGGGCCAGUUGCUCUCCCCCUGUAAAAUACAAGAGAAUCACUGCUUUUAAAAGGUGCCUCUCUUGCUCAGUUAGCAGGAGAUAACUUUGCGCAGUAAGUUAGCAGUUCGCUUAUGGCCUUAGCAAGUUUGAUUCUCAUCAUGGAUAGUUCUGUGGUUUCCUGCCCCAGUACCGAUUGAAACCAUGACAUCAGAUAACCUCCCCUUUUACAGCUUAUGGUGGUUGUGAACAGGCUGUGACGUGACUUCAUCACAGAAGCUCAGUCCCUGCCAAGGAGGGGCUUUCAGACAGGCAAAACGACAGCAAAGCCCAAUCUAAAGUUCCUUGGAGCACAGUGGAAAUCUCUUAUUGGUUUGCAGUGGGUACAUGCAAGCUUUCAGGUUCCACAGGACUCUUCGCCUGAUGUGUUAUUGCCAUGGCAGGAGCAAGGGAGUUCCUCUGAUGGGAUAAUCUGGUCACUGCAGAAACAGGGUGUGGAGAGAGAGAGAGAGAAGAGGAAUGUGGCUGGUAGAGCUUACAGGAGGGUGUGCCUAAUUUAUAAAGCCAGGUGCCAGAGAGCUAGCUGUAUUUUUAAAUAUUGUUUUUUCUGCUGGGACUUGAGCAGGAUGGCCGAGAGCUCCAAACUCCAGCUGUUUGUCAAGGCAAGCGAUGAUGGCGAGACCAUUGGGCACUGCCCCUUCUGCCAACGCCUCUUCAUGAUCCUGCUCCUGAAAGGGGUUCCCUUCACCCUGACCACGGUGGAUACCAAGAGGUCCUUGGAUGUGCUGAAGGACUUUGCCCCAGGGGCUCAGCUGCCGGUGCUUCUCUACGACGGGGAGCCCAAAACGGACACCAUCAAGAUAGAGGAGUUCCUGGAGGAGACGCUGGGGCCCCCAAGUUUCUCCAGUCUGGUGCCAAAGUAUAAAGAGUCCAGCAUCGCCGGAAACGACGUCUUCCACAGGUUCUCUGCCUACAUCAAGAAUCCAAUACCCAGCCAGGAUGAAGGCCUCUUCAACAGCCUCCUCAAAGCCCUCAUUAAGCUGGACCGCUACCUGAACCUACCCCUGGACUAUGAGCUGGUGCGGGACCCUCAACUCACCGUUUCCCGGAGACGGUUUCUGGACGGCGACCAACUGACCCUCGCCGACUGCAGCCUCCUGCCGAAACUCAACAUCGUGAACGUCGUGUGUCAACACUACCGGCAGGUCGGCAUCCCCAAAGAGCUGCGUGGCCUGUGGCGAUACCUGGACAGCGCCGCCGAGGUGAAGGAGUUCAAGUACACCUGCCCCAACAACGCGGAAAUCAUCCAGGCCUACCGGGCUGUCGUCCGGCCCCUCAAGUAAAUAGGAGGGGUGACCCCAGUGCUCUCUGGACCUCCCUCACUCUGCCCCACUCGCUGGCUUUGCACGCCUUCCUCCUGACUGCAGCAGGCAGAGACUGAAAGGGUCCAGUGCCAACCCAGCGAGCCGUUUCGCUCUGUCCUUCUGACACAGCAGGUGUGUGGGCAACAUCCUGACAGAUGCCCAUUCAGGCCUCGUGCCCACUCACUCCAGGAUGGAAAACCAUCAGCUGCUGGCCUAGUGAUGCCCUCUUCUGCACAGACAGCUGAUCUCCCCAUGGCCCGUUGGAUGACCAAGACGUCUCACGUGGUGGGGUUGCUUCUGCUCCCCUCCCAGCAGUUUGGGGUUCAAACCCUGAGAGUGGAGCCUUCUCCUGUUAGAGGCUGCCAUUUUCCACCAGGCAUGGCCCUUGCUAAAGGGGCCACCUGAGCUUCACCAGCAAGGUGCCAUUGCAAAAGGAGGCCCUCGGCUGUUUCAAUGCCUCUCUCCUGGAGGUUUGCCGCAGCCUAGCCUGUGCUUACUUGGAGGUCAACCUCUCUGGCUCGAGAGCCCUGCAGUGAUGAGAAAAUGGGAGGGUGGUCCGGCCUUGUAUUCUAAACAACCCAGAGUAUUUUUGUUUUUGUCCCUAGAGAAAUGCCCAAGUUGUGAAUUUCCUCCCAAAUGGGGUGCACAGGGAUUAUGGCUAAAUGACUAUCCAUAGUGUAAAUAUUUCUUGACAAUGCAUGCCUAUAAUGCAAGUUUACUCUGAAGGAAACUCCUGUUGAGUUCGUUGGAGAUGGUAUUCCCAAGUAAAUUUACAAUACAACUCAAUUUUACACUGUUACUACAGAGCUGUCUUAAGCCCAAUAAAAAAAACCCCAGUCAAAUGUC